AAAGAGACGAGAGAUCACACCUUCCGCGCCAGCACCAGUACCGCCACCCUGCCAAAACGACGACGUACUAUACCACUCUUUUCUCCUUCCUCCUGCCACAAAGAUAUUAUGACAGACAGAGUAUUUCUAUUUUCUAGAGAGAGAAACUUCACACACAAGCAGUUUCUAGAGAGAGAGAAAGCACAUCGUACGGAAAGUUAUGGCGUUAAAGCUUUGAAAAGGUCUUCGUUUUCUCCACUUCAUUGUCUCUCUAGUCCUUACUUGCAGAGUUUGACUUCCUAAUCAUCUGGUUUAUUGGACAAUGACAAAGUCAAAUUCAAGAUUGAAAGCCUUCCAUGCCUUCAUUCUCCUAUUCCUCUGUUUUGUGCACUUGUGUUUUUCCAGAGACACGUCGUCAUUGAUCGCUCUUAGAAAGUUUCUUAUCCAAAGAGAAGAUGUUACAUCCACCUGGUUUGGUUCAAAUACGCCUCCCUGUAACUGGACUGGCAUAAGGUGUGAGAGUUCCGCAGUUCACCGGAUUUCGCUUUCGUGUAAACCGUCGCCUCUCAGUCUUCCAUUCCCCAAGAUUUUUCAGGAAUUCAAGUCUCUAAAGCAUCUCAAUCUUAGCCAUUGCGGUUUUAAUGGCCAUAUUUACUCAGAUUUUUGGACUCUAGAACACUUGGAGAAACUUGACUUGAGUGAUAACAGGUUGUCAGGGGUGUUGCCUUCAGCAAUUUCAAAUCUGAAAAGGCUUACAGUUCUUGUACUUGAUAGCAAUAGCUUUUCAGGAAACUUACCACCGACGGUCGGGCAGCUCAAGGACCUGACCGAGCUCUCGGUUCGUUCAAAUUCAUUUUCGGGCAGUCUUCCAUAUCAAAUCGGGAACCUAGAGAAGUUGCUGUCUCUUGAUCUCAGUUUUAAUUUAUUCUCUGGAUCUCUUCCUUCAGAAUUAAGUACUCUUACAAACCUGUUAUACUUGGAUGCCAGUCAUAAUGGCUUUACAGGCCCUAUACCGGAAACGAUUGGUGCUCUUACGAAUGUCAAACGUCUCAACCUCCAGAAUUGCAAGUUUACCGGAAACAUCCCUGCUGAGAUUACAAAGAUGACUAGCUUAACUGCAUUGAACAUAGAACACAACUCUUUCGAGGGUGGAUUGCCUUCUAGCUUUGUUGAGAUGGCAAACCUUACGUUCUUUCUUGCCUCCAAUGCAGGACUAAGUGGGUCAAUCCCGUCAUCGAUGGGAAACUGCAAGAAGUUGAGGAUACUAAAUCUUUCCUUCAACAAAUUAUCUGGCCCGUUACCUGAUAGUCUUGCUAAUCUUGAAUCAAUAAACUCGUUUCUUCUUAAUUCAAACAGUCUGUCUGGCCGGUUGCCAGAGUGGUUUUCCAACUGGAAAUAUGUAGUAUCGAUAAUGUUGUCGAAGAACCUCUUUACCGGACCUCUGCCACCGCUCAACAUCCCAUCCCUGAUGAUACUUGAUCUCGAUUCCAACAAGCUUUCAGGUGAAUUGCCAGCUGGAAUUUGUCAAAACAAUGCAUUAGGGAUAUUAUCUUUAGCUAAAAAUGACUUCAAUGGUACCUUAGGCAGCAGUUUCCAGAAUUGUUCUAUUCUUACGGAUCUGGUGUUAUCCGGAAACAACUUCUAUGGUGAAAUACCUGCUUACUUAGGAGAACUUCAAUUGGUAACCUUGGAGUUAUCGAAGAAUCGAUUCUCCGGAACAAUUCCGACCGAGCUUUGGGAGUCUAAAACGCUGAUGGAGAUCUCGUUCGGUGAUAACUUGCUUCAAGGUCGUAUUCCCGAUGCAAUUGCAAACGCUUCCACGCUUCAGAGGCUCCAGUUGGAUAAUAACCUCUUUGAAGGACCCAUUCCAAGCUCAAUUGGUCAACUCAAAAAUUUGUCCAAUUUGUCACUUCGUGGUAACAAGUUGACAGGUGAAAUCCCGUUGGAGCUUUUCAGCUGCGAAAAACUGGUCUCUUUGGACCUCGGUUCAAACAAACUUACGGGUCAUAUACCAAAAUCCAUAUCUCAACUGGAAUUGCUUGACAACCUUGUUCUCUCCAACAACCAGCUCUCGGGUCCUAUACCCAACGAGAUCUGCUCGGGUUUUCAGAAAGUUGCGCUACCCGAUUCUGAAUUUUUCCAGCACUAUGGCAUGUUUGAUCUUUCUAACAACCGGCUUUCCGGGUCCAUUCCAAGUUCGAUCAAGAACUGCAUCAUUGUGACAGAGAUUAUACUCUCUAGGAACCAACUUGAUGGGCCCAUUCCUUAUGAAAUAUCUGGAUUAUCCAACUUAACUUCACUUGAUCUGUCGUUUAAUCAUCUUACCGGACCGAUUUUUCCUCAGUUCUUCUCCAUGAGAAAUCUUCAGGGCUUGAUAGUUUCACAUAACCAGAUAAGUGGCUCGAUCCCUGAUAAUUUUGGAUCGAUGAUGCCGAGUUUAGUCAAGCUAGACUUUUCGAACAACUGUUUCACCGGCUCUUUGCCUUCAUCUAUGUUUAGUAUCAAUGGUCUACAACAUUUAGAUGUUAGCAUGAACCGUUUUUCUGGUCAACUCUCCUUUGACCAUAGCAGAAGCACCUCUCUCUUAUCCUUAAAUGCCAGCAAUAACCGUUUUUCCGGUGCGCUUGAUCCCUCUGUAUCCAAUCUAACAGCCCUGACCAUUUUAGACAUUCACAACAACGUCAUCAAUGGUAGUCUACCUUCUCUCUCCAGCCUUGCUGCGUUGACUUAUCUUGACCUUUCACAAAACAAUUUUCAGAAUUCUUUCCCGUGCAGCAUUUGUGAUAUCGAAGGGUUAUCAUUCGUUAAUUUCUACGGCAACAAGUUCGCGGGCCAGGUCCCUGAUUCUUGUAGUACACCAAACUCAUGCAGUCCACGUCUUUCGUAUCCGUUCAAAAGCACCUACACCUCAGCGCACACUUUAACUCAUGCUUCUGUUUGGGGGAUUUCACUUGCCGCCACAUUCGUUUUCAUUGUCUUGUUCAUCGCGCUUAUGAGACGAAAAAUGUUCAAAUCAGAAGCUGCAGUUGUUCAGAGGGGAAAAGGGAAGAUACCGUUUCCACCGAUUAAUACAACUUCAAAAUACGGGCUAUUGAUGAAAAAACCGAAAGAACCGUUAAGCAUCAACAUUGCAACAUUCGAGCAAUCUCUGUUACGGUUAAAUCCGAAUGAUAUAUUAUCUGCUACAGAGAAUUUUAGCAGGGCAUACAUUAUAGGUGACGGUGGUUUCGGCACGGUUUAUAAAGCAGUACUACCAGAAGGUCAAACCGUCGCGGUCAAACGGCUCCAUGGUGGUCGAAUGCAUGGUGAACGAGAGUUCUUAGCUGAGAUGGAAACAAUCGGGAAAGUCAAACAUGAGAACUUGGUUCCAUUGAUGGGAUACUGUGUGUUUGCAGACGAGCGGUUUUUGAUUUACGAAUAUAUGUCAAACGGAAGUCUUGAUGUUUGGUUGAGAAACCGUGCAGAUGCGGUUGAAGCGCUAGAUUGGCCAGCCCGUUUCAACAUCUGUCUUGGGUCGGCUCGCGGGCUAGCCUUUCUACAUCAUGGUUUUGUUCCACAUAUCAUUCACCGAGAUAUCAAAUCAAGCAACAUCUUGUUGGAUAACAUGCUUGAGCCACGGGUGUCUGAUUUCGGGCUGGCCCGGAUAAUCAGUGCAUGUGAGAGUCACGUGAGUACAAUGCUUGCGGGUACAUUCGGAUACAUCCCACCAGAAUACGGUCAGAAAAUGGUGGCAACAACGAAAGGGGACGUUUAUAGCUUUGGGGUGGUGAUGUUAGAGCUCGUAACCGGAAGAGAACCGACAGGACAGACGGAUGGUGAGGGUGAGAACCUUGUAGGAUGGGUGCGAGCCAUGGUUGCAAAAAGGAAGGAAUCCGAGGUGCUUGACCCGUGCUUUAACAGUUCGUGGAUGUGGAAGGAUCAAAUGUUGGGCGUGCUUGCUAUCGCGCAAGCGUGCACAAAUGAUCAGCCUAGGAAGCGGCCUACUAUGCUUGAUGUUGUCAAGCUACUCAAGGAGCUUAAGACCAAAACUGGAUUCGUGGCUGUUGAUCGCUCCAAACAAAUCGAGAAGUCGAUUGGUUUUUAACCUUUUAUGUUUUAUCUAAUGUUGUCUUAUGUAGUUCAUGUGGUGCAUCCAGAAUAACUAAUUUGGUUAGAUAAUAUCUUGAUUAUUGACGGUCUUUGAGUUUGUGAAUUUCAAACACUUGAAACAAAUUAACUUAUCAUGUUUUUAUAAUGAUUUAUUUGCAA